UAUCUAUACAUAUUUCUCCUAUUUUGACUUUUCUUCAAUUAGUUAGAGUCAAUCUUUCAACUUGUUAGGCUCAAUUAUCCAUUAUAUUAUCAAUAUUUUUCAUUCUUAAAGUGUUUUUCCCUACGUUUUAUUGUAAAAAGUAAAAUUUACUUGUAUUUUUUUUGAACAACAUAUAAGAGUGGGUCGACCCGCCCCGUACCCACGCGGAUUUUACCCGCCCCAACCCGUAGUAGCGUGGGGCGGGACAUGGGAAUUGAGGUACCCGCCCCACCCCGCCCCAUUGCCAUCACUACCCUGGACCUUCAACAAAUCAACAUCUCCACCGGAGUCCGGAAACUUCAAACGAAGCUGAACCGAUAUUUCGGUUUCCAUGGGCUGGCCAUGGUUUCUCCCAGGAUAUAAGGUUCGGCCUUUGGGCCAGUUCACCUAAUUAAGUGACGACGUAUGAAGGUCCAGUAGGUGUGGUAAAUUUAAUCGUCAGAACCACAAACUUUCCCAGGCCCAAAAGUAAAAGCCUCAUCAGCUUUGGGUUCCAAAUGAGCCAAGAUGCUCUCACAAGCAUCUUGAUGUUUCGAAACUCGACUCGUUUGAAGAAAGGAAAGGGAGGAGAGAAAUUGUGUAAGACCCCUAAACCCAACCGUUCGUCGUCGCUCCCCAAAUACUCCAGUUUUUUCCCUCCUGUACGGGCGACCUCCAUGAAUGCGCUCCGACUGAGCUGCCAGCAGCUCCAGCAAUCUGGUCGUGCCACUUCCAAAGCCAUAACUGGGGUUGCCUCUUACUGUAGAAGUAGAACUUCUCCUCCCGCUCUUUCUUCGGCUCCACCCGACUCGUUGGCCAGUAGGGUAUGGAGGUCAGGCCCCUCUAUUGGAUUCUUCUCCACUGAACCAGAGCCCUCACCACCACAUCCUGCUCCUUCACUAUAUAAAAGAAUUGAGAGCGUGAGAGAUCCGAAAACCUCCAUAAUUCCGGUGCUCGAUCAAUGGGUAAGAGAAGGAAAUCCUGUUGGAGAACAGCUCCGAUUUCUGGUUGCGCGUUUGAAGAGUUACAAGCGCUUCCACCAUGCCUUGCAGAUAUCGAACUGGAUGUCUGCUCGUUGCAUUGUGCAAUUCUCAUUCAAAGAUGCUGCAACUAGGCUGGAAUUAGUCUACAGAGUUCAUGGACUAGCUGAAGCAGAAAAUUACUUCAACAACCUAUCAAAGAAAAUGAAGUGGAGAAAUGUGUACUGUGCACUUCUCUAUAUCUACGUACAAGAGAAAUGUGUCGAGAAAGCGGAAGCAGUUGUGCAGGAAAUGAAAGAAAAAUGUAUGGGCUGCUGUUCUUUUCCUUUCAACCUGCUCAUCAACCUUUACCAUCAAGUCGGAGAUUUUCAUAAACUCGACCCUUUACUCGAACAGAUGCAGAAAGAGGGGAUUCCCUAUGAUAAGUACACAAGAAAAAACCUGAUUUCUGCUUAUUCUGCUGCAUCGAACAUACCCCGGAUGGAAGGAAUCAUUAAUCAGAUAGAGGAGAAUCCACUCGACUCUGGUGCUGUCUCUUGGGAUGUGUAUACAACAGCAGCUAGCGGGUAUUUAAAUGUCGGGUUGACCGACAAGGCCUUGGCAAUGCUGAAGAAAGCAGAGGAAAAGAUGCCCAAGCACCGGAGAGCCACUGCUGUGGAGUUUCUGCUUACUCUAUACACUAAGGCUGGUGAUAAAGGUGAGGUGCAUCGAGUUUGGAAUGCAUAUAAGCCAACACAUGAACCAUUUGCUAUUCUCUACUCCUGCAUGAUUACUUGUCUUUCAAAGCUUAAUGAUCUCGAGGGAGCAGAAAGCAUCCAUGAAGAGUUUGAGUCUAACUGCAGUGUAUACGAUUUCCGCGUACUGAAUAAGCUACUGGUAGCUUACUGCAAAAGAGGGCUCAUGGAGAAGGGUGAGUCUGUUUUGGAGGAGGCAGCAGAACGAAGAGUGUGUUACGCAAGUUCGUGGCAUAUAUUGGCCAUUGGAUACGUGAAUCAUGGUUUGAUGGGGAAGGCUGUUGAAAUGCUGAAAAGGGCAUUGUCGGUUGGUCGAAGAUCCUGGAGACCAAGCCCUGCAAUCUUGGAUUCCUGUUUCGAGUACUUGGAGAAACAGGGAGAUGUCGACGGCAUGGAGGAACUAGCGCAAUUGUUGAAGGAAGAGGGACCCCUUUCCCGUGAAUUAUAUCAUAGAUUUGUCAGGACAUAUAUUGCAGCUGAAAAAUCUACAGACGAUGAUGAAGAGAAUAUGACAACGAGUGGAACUGUCGCUUGAUGAAGGAGGAGAGAAACGCCUUCUCAUUUCUUUUUGGGUGGGAAAGAUGUUAGAUUGAAGUCUGCAGCUAACAUGGAAUCCUAAUUGCAUCAGGAUUGGAAGGGUGCCAAGUGGGAUGUUUGAAGAUUUGAAUAAGUCCGGGUUAGUCAAAGUGAUGUCGUUUAGGUUUAAUGAGUCUGUGUAAUAAGCAAACUACGUCGUCUGUAGAUUUGCUGUGUCAGUCCUUGUGUUUGGUUUAUUGUCAGUUUAGUCCAGGGUUGAGCAAACUUGUGCAGUUGAGUUCCUUUAGCUGAUCAAGUGCUCGUGCAGUUAGAGUAGCCUAGUUUUCAGGUUAGUGGGUGGUUUUGGUAGCAGCCUGGCUUGUGGCCUGCACCAACUCUAUAUGUACAGUUCUGUUUCAUCGUAAUAAACUGUCAGAUUGCAU